GUUUGCACGUCCCUCCAACAGGUCUAAAAUUACUGAUAACAGAAAAUGGAAAAAUUUGCUAUCACUUAUACUUUCAAAGGGACUACAAUGACAGUUUUCUAAUCAGGAUUUAAUCUAAUAUCUGUAAAAUAUAUAAAAAUAUAAUUAUAUCUUCAAUAUGCCCAUAACACUCUUGAACCAGGGUGAACUGACUGAACAUGAUAUCUGUCAUAAACCGAUUGAGGAUUGCAGCAAAGAAGACUGUCAACCGGUUUUCUAUUUUGCGUCGAUAUAGUACUAUUGACUACACAUACAAAAAUUAUGAUGUUGUGAGGGAUGACAGAUUUUCUGAGGUGAACCCAGAUGAUAUAUCUUAUUUUGAGUCUAUAUUACCUGGCCGGGUCAUCACAGAUGCGCAUGAACUUGAAACUCACAAUACGGAUUGGUUGCAUUUAGUCAGAGGCAUGAGCAAGGUGAUGUUAAGGCCUAAAACAACCGAAGAAGUAUCAAAGAUUGUAAAAUAUUGCAAUGAAAAGAUGUUAGCCAUUUGUCCACAAGGUGGUAAUACUGGUCUUGUAGGAGGUAGUGUUCCUGUCUUUGAUGAAAUUAUUUUAUCCAUGUCGUUGAUGAAGCAAAUUGAACAGGUUGAUGCAAUUGCAGGAACUACUGUGUGUCAGUCAGGGGUGGUACUUGAAGCCUUGGAUGACCACCUUGCAGAGCAGAAUUUGAUGGUUCCACUUGAUCUUGGGGCAAAAGGGAGUUGUCACAUUGGUGGGAAUGUUUCGACAAAUGCUGGUGGCUUACGAUACCUCCGAUAUGGAUCACUACAUGGUACUGUGUUAGGAGUAGAAGCUGUCCUAGCUGAUGGAACUAUUUUGGAUUGUUUGUCGACAUUGAAGAAAGAUAAUACAGGUUAUGAUUUAAAACAACUUUUUAUUGGAUCAGAAGGAACUCUGGGUAUAAUAACGAAAGUGGCUUUGGCAACACCACAUCGACCUCAGUCAGUGAAUUUGGCGUUCCUUGGCAUUCGCUCCUUUGACGAUGUUCACAAAACCUAUUUGAAAGCCAAAGAAAUGCUUGGCGAAGUCCUUUCAGCUUUUGAGUUCUUGGAUUCGGAAUGUAUGAAAACUGUGAAAGACAACUUGAAGUUGAAUAAUCCCAUCAAAAUGGAUUAUCCGUUUUAUGUGCUCGUUGAAACAUCAGGCUCCAAUGAAGAACACGAUUCCGAUAAAUUAACCACAUUUCUUGAAACGAUUAUGAGCGAAGAAAUUGUUACAGAUGGAAUGCUUGCUACAGAACCGUCCAAGAUACACGAAGUAUGGAAAGUCAGGGAAAGCAUUGCAGAAGCGCUGUUAGGUGAUGGAGAGGGCUGUUUCAAAUAUGACAUAUCUCUGCCUCUGCACAGCAUGUACAACAUCGUUGAUAUAAUGCGCGAAAAGUUUGGCGAUCAAGUCAAUCGCGUUGUCGGUUACGGUCAUUUUGGAGAUGGUAACUUACAUAUGAAUCUGGUUGCGCCAACUUACGAUAAAGAAUUGUUAACAACAAUUGAGCCAAUCAUUUUUGAGUACACAGAAAAAAAUGGCGGCAGUAUCAGUGCUGAACAUGGUGUUGGAUUCAAAAAACGGAAUUUUAUCCAUCACUCAAGAAAACCGGAAGCGAUUGCUUUAAUGAGAAAUUUAAAGAACAUGAUGGAUCCAAAGGGAAUUUUAAACCCGUACAAGAUGUUGCCACCAGAAGACAUUGAUUCGAAAGAGUCGACGUAGAAGCUCACCACCGCACCAAUAUAACCUUCAUGUUUUUUGUUAUGUUUAUUUUUUGUGUUGCUCUUAGAGAAAUGUAUAUGUAUAAAUUCCCUUAAUUAUUUGUAUUUUGAUUUGAUCAAAGUUGGUUUCGUGUAAUGUGCUGCACGAAAUUUCCUGGGUGACUUUUUAUUUCGUGUAAUGUGUUGCAUGAAAUUUUCUGAACGUUAUUUUUUGUUUUUCGUGUUAUUUGUUACACGAAAUUUUUUUAAUUGUUAUUUUGUAGACGUCUAUAAGGAUUCUUAUGGAAUUAUGGGUAAACAAGUAGAAUUAUUAUUGUUGUUUCACAUAUAUCAGAUUGAGAAAUAGUUUGUAAAACAAUUUUAGAAGCAACCUGUCAGCCUGAUACAUGUUUCUUAUUUAAUCUCAAAAAAUCCAAGGUUAAGCAAAUUUUUGAAUUUUUAUUUUAAGAAUUUUAUCUAGUCAAAGGUUGAAAAAACGUGUAUACGGUUGGAUUGGUUUAUGUAUUUUUAUUUCAUCUCUAUAUAUUUAAUUCUUUUUAAAUGCAUAACGAAGAUUAUAUACCUAAUUUGAACUUGAUAGAAAAUAUAUAUUUCUGUAUA